AUGGUCAACGGUGGUGACAGUCAACCUUGGCCAUGGGAUAUAUCCCAUCGAUUCAUGUCUACCUUCAAUCACUUUGACGAGCUGCGCACAGCGCGCAAGGAGGGUGUUCAGCCCCUGCACCGAUCAGACACCUCGGACAAGAAGCCAGAUCGCUUCCACGAACUGCGAACCGCACGUCGGGAAGGUCAACCCCUGCCUCAGUCGAACACCUCGAAGAAAAGAGACGGCACGACGGAAGGGUCACAUGCAUACCCCGGAUCUCGGUACAGACGUCCGACUCCGCACCAGGUCGAGCACCGCCGCCAAGAUGAUGUCGCCGAAGCCUACCCAAAGGGCGACAGCCCCUUAAUCGACGACUUGAGAAGGAGGAUCAGAUCCCCUCCCCCUCCCCGGACCCGGGCGACAACACCACAUCCUCGUGCUUCGGCGCGGCGCAUAACGAAGAAGACGGUACGAUGGGCAGAUCCGCUUGAACAACCAACUCCGGAAAGGAUAAGAUCGGAGAGAAAUAGGAGGGACUCUGAGAAACCGAAGAACGAUGGGAACGAAACUCUAGGGGAAAACCGGUCUUGUACCAUCCGCCGGUACAGGCCUUCAAGCAUCCCACGACCCAAGCGCCGCGGUGCAGGCGUGAAAACCUCCAAGCCGUCCCGUUUCGACCGUCGUCCAACUCCGAGCUUCACCAUCGAGUUGGUAUUGGCGCCUCAAGAUGCCCAGUCUCUUCAACGGCCCCUGAGUCCCCUCAUUCCUCAGGCAAUGCCGGCUCCGCUGCGAAUUUCGCCCACCAAUACGUCAACACGCCAAUCGCCAAAGACCAUUCCCUCUUCUAGUUCCGCUCCGGCAAUCCAGGCCAAGCCACCAGCUAGGAGUUUCUCCUUUGAAGGCCAACCCGAGGUUAUCACCCUCAGCCCCGAUAGCCGCCGUCCUGAGCAGCGCCCUGUUACCCUGAUCACCCAAGAGCAACCCUCCCUAUGUCAACCAACCUCCUUCUCAUACUUGAAGGAAAAGCCUAGACGUCGGGGCACCGUCCCUCCCCAUCUUCCCGAAGCCAGGCCCACUUCCGCCGUGGUCGUGGCCGAGAAUAGCGAACCAUCGCUUCCAUCAUCCUCCUCAACCUCUUCAUUCCAGUCCGCGAAAAGUUUCUGGAGUGACAUCAGCAGUGGCAGUAACAAGAAUCGCCAUUCUUCUUCAUCCAAGACUUCCUCUCCCAUCAAGUCAGAUCCGGGUCCAAGUGACGCGACUUCUGCCGUUGAUCGUGCUUCCACUCCUCCAUCCAAGACCCAUGUCUCCAAGCUGCCGAUCGCGAGCUCAGCGUCGAGCUCUUCCUUCCACGCCGUCAAGAGCUUUUGGAGUGAGAUCAGUACCAGUAGCAGCUGUGGCGCUAUUAUUGACGGUGAAGAGGAUGUGAAGCCUCCUUGUGGUCCCUCUGCUAUUUCUGGCCGUGUGGACCUAUGCAAGACUUCCAAGGUGGCGGACUUGGCAAGGUAUACGGUCAAUGGACCCGCAAUCGACAGAGCCCAAAACAGCAUCUCCAGGAUCCCCGUCUCGCGCCCCGAAGGUGGUUCCGUUGGUCGUGAUCGAUACAAGUCCAAAAUACCGGUGUCUUCCACUGCAUCCUACCACGUUACGAAGACCCAGCCAAGCCGAUAUGUCCCGCUUCGUGCUGUCAUCGGUAUCAGUGCUUCCGGGCCUGGCGCUGAUGCUGGCUCCCCCGUGAGCGGCACGGGCUCAGCCAGCACCUCGUCAUUUCACACAGCGAAAAGCCAUCCUAGCGACAGUAGCGACAACAACGCUUAUGCUUCCGGCUCCAAGACUUCCAUCCUCCAAAGCAACGACUCGGUGCAAGCCGAAGACACUCCCGCACUUCAAGCGCAGUUGUGGCACGACGUGCUGACGCUCUGUUCAUCAGAUUUGGCUUCUUGCUCGCCGGAUUGCGGCUGCGACGAUUGUCUCUGGUCUCACCACGACGAUCUUGAUCGCUGCAGCAUGGUAGCGCAUGUUGACGAUGGAAAGUGUCGUGACCGGUAG